AUGUGUGGUGAUGGUGCUAAUGAUGUUGGAGCAUUAAAAGCAGCUCAUGCUGGGAUAUCACUGUCAACAGCCGAUGCUUCCGUGGCCAGUCCAUUUACAUCAAGAACUCCUACUAUUGAAUGUGUUCCUACCAUUAUUCGCGAAGGACGCGCCGCUUUAAUUACUUCGUUUGGUGUCGUUAAAUAUAUGGUGGCCUAUAGUCUAACACAAUUUUUGACAGUUAUUAUGCUGUACACGAUUGGAAAUAAUUUAAGCGACUAUGAAUUUUUGUUUAUCGAUUUGGGUCUUAUUACAUUACUAGUAUUGCUUUUUAGCCAAACAAGUUCCUAUCCUUAUUUGGACCCAAAACCACCUCGAACAAAAUUAAUUUCUUGGCGACCACUUACAUCACUUCUUGGUCAUCUAGGUAUUUGUGCUGCUUUUCAAGCAUUUAUUUUUGAAUAUGUAAAACAGCAACCAUGGUACGAACCAUUUGAAUUUAACACAGAAAAAAUUUACAUAUCACAUAUCAAUACAGCUGUUUUUCUUCAAUCAACAUUUCAAUAUGUUUGGGAAUCCAUUGUAUUUUCACGUGGUGAACCCUAUCGACGAUCAAUAUUUUCUAACUGGCUUUUUCUUAUAUCCAUUGUACUUACAUUUGGAUUUAACUGUUUUCUUCUGUUCAUACCAAUCAAAUCAAUAUACACAUUUUUGCAGCUACGUACUAUCCCGGAUAUAAAAUUUAAAUUGAUUAUUCUUGGUCUUGCAAUAUUGAAUUUUGUGAUUAUGUUUAUGUUUGAAGAAUAUGUUAUUGAAAACGAUAGUAUUAGUUUUAAACGUUCACCAUUGUCGUCAACAUCAAGAAAUACACAAUCACAAUCAGGAAGACACCACUUGCAUAUUGAAAAUAUUCUUCGACUAACACCUGAUUGGCCACCUAUAAUUGCCACACCUUCUGAAGAAGAAAAAUCUCCUGAACAUGUAUUGGUCGAUGAAACUAAACGAAACAAUCAAAUAACAACCACUGAAUAUUUUUGA